CGGUUCACCAUUAACGCGAGUCAUUUGUUUUGGGCGAUGUGACUCGACCUGAACAAUAUAGUACUCAUUAGACUCCUGCUUUCCGACAUAACCGUAACAUAUUUUCGUGAAGCCUAUACCCCCCAAAAAACUAGUAAGACAAGUUUCACCAACGAUUUCGCCCAAAACGCAAGGAUGCUGUAUUGGCUAUUUGCAGUGACGGCUUUGGUGUUCGUUUCUGAUGUGGCGGCGCAGAGCAGCAACGUAACCCAAGCCGUGACUACGGGCUUUAAUGUACGCUUGAUAGCAGGCUCGGGCCCAAAUGAAGGUAUCGUAGAGGUUUCCUACGAAGGCAAAAGAGGAACAAUAUGUAACCCUUAUUGGGAUAUUAACGAUGCUACUGUGGUCUGUAGGCAGCUUGGCUACCCGUUAGCCACACUGGCAUCGACUGGUAAACGAUUCGACUCAAUGGCGUAUGAUACACACCUGGAGGCCGUCUCCUGCCAAGGGAACGAGUAUCACUUGGCCGACUGCAGCCGUGGCUCAUGGGUCUCUGAGCAGUGCUCGGACCGCGACACGGCGGCUGUGAUAUGCAGCAGCAUCGGGGAAUGGUCCGUUCGGCUGAUGGGCGGGCCCUCUCGCUUCGAGGGGCGGGUGGAGGUCUACCACAUUCACGCUGACACCCAGCCCAUGUGGGGGACCAUCUGCAACGACUACUGGGACAUCUACGACGCGCAGGUCGUAUGCCGUCAGCUGGGCUACGGAAACGCACAGGUUGCUGUGGACGAUGGUGAUCGGCUGUACGGGAAAGGCACUGGUUCGGUCUUGCUGGAGACCGUGACGUGUUACGGGACGGAGAGCACGCUGGCCAGCUGUCUGACUCCGGGUUGGCACGUCCAUAACUGCGGUCAUAACGAGGAUGUUGGGGUCAUCUGCGAGUAUGCUGAUAGCUCGUAUGUUUGGCUGUCUCCGCUGGCCAUCACGUUCAUUGUCAUCGGUAGCCUCUUCGGAUUCUGCCUCAUCGUGGGCCUCAUCAUGUGCUGCUUCUCGGCACUGUCUAAGAAAAAGCGCCGAAGACGUACGGGUAGCCGGAAUCAAACCAGUACCAACCCGCCCGUGAGCUACGCAGCCUCCAACCAAGCCACAACUAUCGACACGGCCGGUUCUAGUCCCGGGUACACCAUCCCCAUCCAGCAGUUCACGCCCCCGCCGGGCUACGUCCUGACCACCAGCGGGGCGGUGGGAGGUGCGCCUGGUUUCACGACCAUCGCGCCCAUGGCGCCCAUUGCGCCGCCACCGCCGUAUGCCGAAUUGCCCAAUAAUUCCGAGAAAUCCUGAAGCUCCAAGUUACUAAAAUUUCGUAAAAGCUUGAAAAAAAAUUCAUAGUAUUUAAGAACUGGAAAAUGUUAUCGGUAGUUUGUAAUUUUUGACUGCAUCUUAGCACGCAUUUAAUAGACAUGAGACCAAAUGACGUAAUGGCUUUGUUUACAUAUGCGCUGUCCUAUGGGAGCGAAGUCAAGACGCCAGACAAAGCAGGGACCGUCCACCACACAGAAAAGCGCACAUGUAAACAAAGCGUGACGUCAUAAGGUAUUAGGCCUUUAGCGAAUCAUUUACUUUGGAUAAAGAAAUAAAAUAACUUGGAAAAAUUGUGCAAUAAGUCGUGCCGGUGUUUCGAUUGAUUGAUCUUUAAAUUUCAUGAACAAAGUUGCACUACUUGUGGGGAGGCCACUUGAUUGAUAAUUAUUGCAAUUAAUUAUAGCAACAAUAUCGACCUAUGAGUUUGUAUAUUGUAUGAUCGACAUUUGCCAUAUUUAAACAGAACCUAGCUUAUAUCGACUAAAUGCUGUUAGUUCAGUGACGAUUUUCUGUAAGUCCUAAAUGGACACAUUAUGUACAUCUAAAAUACAUUCAUAAUCUCCCCAGAUGUUCUGUCUGUAGUGAUGGGCUAAUGUAGAUAAGAUAUUCCUCGAACGUAAAAUCAAUUUCAAUUUCAAUUUGACUUCAUUAUCCAUGACGGGAAAUUCAAGUGGCCUUUUACAUUUAAACACGUUAAUGAAAAAAGUUACAAAAUUACAAAAAUAAAAUAUUACACAAAAAUCACAAUACAUGUACUUCACUAAGAAGAAAGAUAUAAAAACAAGUAAUUACAAUUCAAUACAGAGAAUAUACUGCACAUAACCUAAAAAGCCUGUUCAAAAUUGCAUGUGGUUACAAUUAAAAUCCUGUGUUAUAUAAACUACUCGAACAAUUGUUCGUGUGAUUUUACCUGCAUGUAAUGGCGUUAGUCAACAUGAGCAGAGGAUAUUUGUAUCGUGUUUAUACAGUUCUUUCCCGUUAAUUACAUUUUAGAUAGACAAACAGCUUUAUUGAUGUUGCUCAUCGAAACUUAACCAAUCGGAUUUAAUGAUCGGAACCUACGUUAUCUGUGUAUUAUUUACUGCAAACUCUACGGUCACUUUAAUACCAUAUUAAAAUUGCCCUUAGGCAUGAUAAACCAUGAAAAUGCCUUAAAAAAAUCACCAUUGUGAAAGUUGAAAUUAUACGGGACAUUUUGAAUGUCAGGAAUGUAUGUAAAAGUAAACGAAAUGAUGAACGACUGUACAGUAGAAUAAUAACGAAAAUUUAAUAAUUAUAAUAAUAUCCUGAUGAUAUUUAUAUUACUGGGUAAAAUGUUAAAUUCCAUUUAAUUAAAACAAAACACCUUAUUUCAUUAUGGAAAAUUUACCGCGAGCAAGUUGGCACUCAAUAACUAUAACUGUUACAAAAGUAUGGGGUUUCGUUGAUAACACUUGUUGGUAUUGUAUGCUUUUCAGAUUGAUCAACCUCGCUAUCCGAUUUAAUAAACUGCAGUGAAGAAACGGCGCAGUAUACGA